GAGGCGGGAACCGGGGGGUCCGGUCCCCCCGCGGUUUGAGAGUCCCCCACACUGUGAGGGACACCCCAACACACGGCGUGCCCCCCAGCGCACGCCGGGGUGUCCCCAGCGCUGCCACCCACAUCGGGCCGCCCCAGGGCCCACCCCGCCAGGUGGUACCGCUUACCAUCGUUAUUUUAAGUCUGUUUUUUGCCAAAGAUCCUUCAAAAAGCCGAUCGCUGCCGGCCUUCUGGGGACCCACAGGGCCGGGCAUGAUGGUAACAGGCUCAGAGACACCACCAGCUCAAGGAUUUUAACUGUUAAAGACAAGCGGUGGGUGCGUGAACACCCGCUCUGCACAGAAAGCAAGGAUGUAGGGCUGGUGAGAAAAAUGUGCAGUUUAGGCUUUUUUGGACAACACAUUUAAAAAUCAUCGAGCAACUCCUUUCAAAGUUAAUGAACCUAUGCUUUGUUUUUACAUAUUAUCCCCUCUUCUUUGUACUAAAAGGGCAGAGCUGCCCAAGUUCAUGGCUUCCACUGGUAAGGCUUUUCUUACCAUUGUAUGUUUUGCAAAGAUUUUAGCUUUUCUUUCCAAUCUGUCUCAGAUCAUAUAAGUAACAGACGGUUUCCACAUCCCCAGCAAGCCGCAGAGCACAUUGGAGCCUCAUCUAUUUUUACAGUUCAGUUUUAGGUCACAUCCUUCCUUCUAGAUCUCAGAGCAAAAACUCCCUUUCCCCUCCCAGUGAGGUUCGCCACUUCUGUUAAUCCCAGAGGAUUGUGCUUUUUGUUAAAAUAGCUCAAUAUUACCACUUUCUGCCUCACUGUGUGGUGCGGGAUGCUCUGUACGAGUAUUACAGAGCUGUUCUGCCAGCCCUAUUUUGUGUUUACUCCUCCCAGCUGCUGAGAUUGUACCUUCCCGUGGGUCCCGGCUCAUAACGAGCACCUACUAACUAGCAUAAGAGUGUUUAUGGGAGUGAAUGGACUGGGCCAUGCUGCUUCCUCCUGCCCUCUAUUUCUCUCAGCAUAACCCCAGUAUUUCUUUACCUGUUUUUGGAGAAGCCAUAUCCAAAAUAUUGACCUGUUUUCUUUCUCUCAUGCUCUUCAUGCCUCUUCUCAGCGGAUGCCAGCCUGUCUCCUGGGACACGAGGGGGACAACACUGAAAAAGAACAUGCAGGGCACAGCUCACACCGACACGGAGCUCGUGUCCUCCAUGAUGCAAAAAAUCACUCUGUUGGAGGAAACAAUAGAGAAACAAGCCCAAGAAAUCCAACUGAAGGAUAAGAGGAUUGCUGAACUUGAAGAGAAGAUGAAGACUCUUCAGAAAGGAGAAGAUGCUCCUGGCUCAUCCACAGCAGAGGAACUGGAAAUGAGGUGCCUUCAGCUGCAGACCCAGCUCUGGGAGAUGGAGCGGUUUCUAAAUGACUAUGGUCUGAUUUGGGUUGGAGAGAGACAUGAGCAGCUGGAAGAUUUAGAAUCGCUCAAGGAUGAAGAGGAGCUGCCGGCAAGGAGCAUCUGGAAGCCAGGUGAUGCAGUUGUUGCCAAACACCAGGUUGAUUUUGAUUUAAUCUUGGAAAACGUGAAGGAUUUGAAUGUGCUGGCUGGAGAAGGUGUUUCUCAAAUUGAGUACACACCUGGGGGGGCUCGGCUGAGGCAGCCGGACCCCCUCCCUCUGACGCUGUAUCAAAACGGGAUCGUCAUGUUCAACGGACCCUUCCGGCCCUACGAGGACCCAUCCACACAGACUUUUCAGCACAGCAGUCACCACACAAAUAGAAGCAGCCCAGGAGGAAUAUCAGUCACAAUGGAAAGUCUAAGGUACAACCACGAGCUCUCCCUUUGUUUCAGCAAUGCCUGCAGGAUAUCAUGGACGGCUAUUUCCCUUCGGAGCUGCAGAAUCGCUACCCAGACGGCAUCCCUUUGCAGGUCACCGACAAAAGGGACGAGGUAUUUCGGGAGAGAGACCCUCCAGGGAGAUUUCCUGGCCACGGCCAAGUGGUUGGCUGUUCAAAAUCAAGUGACGUGCAGGAAACCGCUGAGAUCCCAGGUCCCAGAGUCUCCUUGGAGCAGUUUCUCAACAAGCUUUCCAAGCCCUCAAAACACAGAGGAGAAGCGAUGGGUGUCCGAGGCUCAGCCCAAGCAGCAGAGCAGGGUGAAGACGGCUGAAGAGGCCGAAGCUUCUGCCCCUGAUGUCUGCACCCUCCGCGUUAAAUCUGAGAGCGGGGAGCAGACGUACAUCGUGAAGAUGCUGUUCACAGAGACCAUAGGAGACCUGCGCCAACACCUUGCCCGUGCCAGGGGUGGAGACUCAGACUCGUAUGAGAUCAUCAGUACCUUUCCCCAGAGGGUGUACGCAGACAACUCCAGGAGCCUGCAGGAAUGUGGCCUGAUCCCCAGUGCCUCCUUGCUGCUGCAGAGAAGAGACCCCUCCCAAAAAGAGGGGACAGAGCUGCAACCAGCUUAACAGGUCCCAGCAAGAGCUGCUCCCCCAAACUCCGUGAGAGGAAGGAGCUGCCUCACGCCUGUAGCUGUGUUAAACCUCCCCUGGCUGGGAAGAUAGGAAAGGGUUGUCUUUCCAGAUUUAGUUUAUUUGUGCUGUUACCUGGGAUGCAGAGAAGAGCUCAGGGGCAGCCGUUUGGCCUUUGGCAGAGGGUGCCAGGCCCAGUUCUGCUGCCUCAUAUGCGGAUGCUUUUCCUCCAAACAGGUGGGCAUUUCUGUCAGCUCAGAGCCAAGGUUUGGUUUCUCAUCUCUGCUGAAGGUUACACGGGCUGAUCCCUACCCAGGGAAGCCACUGGUACCAGGCAGUUGCUUAGCUGGGCUCAGGGAUUCUCUACAGCAAGUCCUAUCUGAGCAGGACAGACAGACAGCAUCGGUUUGCUCUCCACAGACUUCAACUGCACUUACACCAUAACAGAAACUGGCUCUGAUAUAUAGUCCCCGGUGAAACUAAACCAAAAGGCCUUGAGCCAUUGCAGUGCUGGGAGCGAGCCAGCCCCCUCUCAGCCAGAUCCUGCUCCUGGGUUUCCUGUACGGGAGCAACUCCUUCCCCUGCACAGCCCCGGCUCCGGCGGGCCCAGCCUCGCCGCCACAGCUGGAUGCUGCAACAGGACACCGUGUCAUCGGAGAAGAGCACAAUCCCUCCACUGCUUCUCCGCACGACCCCCCGUAAAGCAUCUUCCGCCCUCUCCCGCGGGCUGGGGCUGCGCAGGCCCCUUUCCCCAGCACAUCUUUCCUGUUGCAACUGCGACAAGCUCCCACUUGACUCGCAGCUGACAACACUCGCACUUGUGCAAGGCAGCACCAUCUGGCAGGUUCCCUUUUAGCAGAGACCCAGCCCUCACCACAGGCUCCCAGUAAAACCAUUUCCUUAAGUUGCAGUUUCCACUUCCAUUCGCUCUGGAAGGCGCGGUUGCUGUGGAAAGGGGCAGGACGCCAGAGCACUGCCCAGAUCCCAGACCGGAGCUGGGCCCCACAGAACUCAAAUACGAGCAGCACCACUUGUGCAAACCAACCGCUUCCCCAUGACUAGUGACUCAACUCCCACAGCUCCACUUCAGUUUCCUCCUUUUUCCACCUAUAGCAAAUACAGGGGUGUACAGGGGACCCUCCUAUGGGGCAGCCUUAUCCGCUGCCCCUCUAUAUCCUGGUCUAUAACUGAUGGGGUAAUUUUGGUGCUGGGGGUUUGGUUUUUGCUCACGUGUCUGGCUGAAGCUGUCCUGUUCUUAACAGGCAGAGGAGAGGAACGCUUGAGAGAGGUACCUGUCACUACUGUGCUGUAGGAUAUUCAGAUUAGUCCUCUGAGCCUUUGAUUAACGGUAGCAAUCUAAGGUGUUAAGAUCUUUCUGUCAGGCUGCAGCAGCAAGUACAACUGACUCAGCUUCCCUGAGCUGGAAAUGACACAAUCAUUACGCAGGGUGAUGUUAAACCUGUAGUCAAAAUAAAACCAAAUUUAAAAAAAAUCCACAAGUACCAAUGUGAAAGGUACAGUAACAUUUAAUAGCAUCUCGGAAGACAACACUGGUUAUAAACUUGCUUUUUGGCAGGAAAACAAAAUGCACUUGGUCCAGGUUGCAAAAAGCUCAACUCAAAGAGGAAAGAUAAGACAGCUGGAGCAUCAGCUGUUCUGGAGCAGCCCUGAGCCAUUAAUGCUCCCGAGGGAGCCCUGGCACCGCAUCGAGGGCAGGCGCCGGUCCCGCUUCUAGACCCAUCCUUCCCGCCCAAGAGCCGGUCGAGUGACACCGGCCUUCCUCCCCAGCCCUGGCCUCCUCUGCGGUGGGUGGUCAGGCCCCAGCUUUGUGCAGUAUUUUUGCAUUAAAUUAAUACAAACAAACAAAAAAAAAAA